ACAAUAACUUUGGAGGACGCUUGUUGCUUGUCUCGUUGAGUCACAACGGGAGGGUGGAGAUGUGUUUUGUUUAUGUUUUGUAGGUAGGAAAAGACCAGGUGGAUAAUCACUCGAAGGAUCGAAUUGACGAGAUAUUCCACUAACAAAAAUGCACAAGUUAUACAUAUUUUACGCCGUUUUGGCUACCGUAUUCUCUGUUGGUAGUGGAGGUUGGAAUCCUUUCAAGCUCUAUUGUUAUCGUUGUGUUUCUACUCACCCAGGUUGUGGUGACAAAUUUAAUUGGUUGUGGUACUGGGGUGAAAUUUGCCCAGAACCUAAUGAUGUGUGUGUAAAGCUAAUAGAAAGAAAAGGAGUCGAGACUGUAAUCACAAGAGAUUGCCUUAGCUCACUGCGAAGUUUUCGAACUGACAUUCCUGCUGAUCAUUAUGAAGGGUGCCGUCCAGCUACAGUGGAUGUCCGCUUGGCAAAUUAUGUCAACAACUCCAUAAAAGAACUUGAUGUCAAACGGAACUAUUAUGACGAGACAACUUGGUGCUUCUGUUACUUUGACAACAGAUGCAAUGGGGCCCCAGCAGCUACAUCUUCGUGCACUACAAUCCUGUUUCUCAGCGCUUUCAUCUUUUGGCUGCUUCACUGACGUAGUAAAUUCUAAUGCUUUUCUGAAAGCAUCUUUUGUACAUUUUUUUUUUUAUUGUACAUGCUCAUAUACCUAAGAGUAUUAUGUAUCUGACAUUGUUCUGUGUUGUGUGUAGAAAUGAAUAUCAAAUAUUGAAGAAAAGACAUAAUUUUUAGAUAUAUAACAAACCAUUAUGUAUUGGUUUUAGAACUAAGAUAACGCCCUAAGUAUUCUUAGUGGCUAAUGUUAACAUAUUGUGAAAUAUGGUAUUAAAGAAUCUCAGAAUUUGCAAUGGUACCUUCCACCUGGAGAAGUGAAAUAAAAUAUUAAAGUAUAUUGCAACAUUCCUGCAAAACAUAUCAUUCUGAAGUAAACUUGUAAAAGAAUUACAUGUGAUUGUUGAAGGUGUAGUCCUUGUUGCAUCAGUGCAUAUUGUGCCUGAAAAUGAAUGCUCAGGAGACCAGUAUGAGUGGUUAAGGUAUUUGUAUGAAAAGUGGUACAUCAUAAAUGUUUAUUACAGUUAGAUAAUGAAUAAUGUACGUUGUUAUUAAUAUUGCUUAUGUAUCCGUCCAUUUUUAAUUCUGUAUUAUACAUAUCAGAUCAUAUUUAUUGUCCUUUUAUAAGAUGAUGAUGAUGAUGAUGAUGAUGAUGAUGAUGAUGAUGAUGAUGUACAUGUUUGGAUGUAUGGGCAGUGUUUUGUACUCUAUAACAAAUUCCAAAAAAUAAAGGUAAGAGUUGAUACACUGUCAUGAAACAGAGACAGAUUUAGUAUAUUGUCAUAGUGCACUGCAGCCUGCAUAGGUAGUGUAACUGAAUUUGCAUCACGUAUUUGCACAGUUUGAAAGGAAGAAGGGUUCUCUAUCUUAGAAUAGAUAUAAAUUUAGUGAACAGAAGGGAUCACAUUUAACUUACAGGUGUGAACUGAAGAUGACAAUAAUGUUAGCAGUGUUAUUGAGAAGAAAAUAAAAGUUAUUUAGCUUCUAAAAUAGUUCAGUUUUUAAAGAUUAAAGUAGAGUAGAAUUAAAUUUACAUCAGUUCUUUCUCAGUAAAUAAGUGUCCUCCUUGACAUAGAAUAUCAGUUUGCAGGUUUGUGAUCUCUUUUGUGUUUUUCUGCUAAAGAUCGGAGUUAUCAGCAUUGUUUAUUGUGGAACAUGUUUCCAUGUUUUAUUUAUAAAUUUUGUUGAAAUCAAACCCAGUUGUAAAAUUAUGAUGUGCAUAUACCUGUAAAAAAAUGAAUUUAUUUGAAUUUCAAGGACUUUGUUCUUAAUCACCAUAUUUUGAUUCUAUACAAAAAUUAUCAUUUUUAUUGUUACAAAGAUUUUAGUGUUUUUCAUCAUAAUGUAAAAAUAUUACUACCAUUUUUACAGAGACAUGGUUUUUUAUGAACAAUGGAUUUGAUAUAAGCUUUUGAUACUCCCUUUGACCAUAUUGUUGAAACUGUGAAACAUUGUUUGCAAAGUUGACAUUUUAGUGUAAUGGCCUCCAGCAAUUGAAGUCAAAUCAAGUUGUUGCUGUGUACAUUCAGAAAAAUAGUGCAAUGAAGGUAACAGUUGCAGGCAUUGUUAAUGUUAAACUACACUUUGAAAAUGUAUGACUUUGCAUUUAGAUCCCUACUUUAUACUUGUCUCCGUCCAUUAUAUAUAAUACAAAUUUUAUGAACUGACUACUUGCAUACUUCUAUAUAUUGUUAUCAUUAUAUUGUAUGUAAUCCUCCAGGUACCAAACUUUUUGAAUUAUUAGAGGUUGUUAUUUGCCUAUUGCAAAAUUUGUAGAGUGUUGUGGUGAUUAAUAUACAGAUAACAUGGAGCUUCAGCUUUUGUUAGUGUUAUAGGUAGUGUGUGCAUGUAGGAGUCCAAAUGACACUGCACCACAAAUUUGUUAGAAAGUAACUGUUGAAAUUACUAUGUGAAUGAACUGAUAAUUUAUUUGUAAUUAAAAUAGAAAGAAACUUCCACAUGGGAAAAAUAUAUUACAAACAAAGAUUCCAAGACUUACCAAGCGGGAAAGCGCCGGCAGACAGGCACAUGAACAAAACACACAAACACACACACAGAAUUACUAGCUUUCGCAACCGAUGGUUGCUUCUUCAGGAAGGAGAGGGAAAGACGAAAGGAUGUGGGUUUUAAGGGAGAGGGUAAGGAGUCAUUCCAAUCCCGGGAGCGGAAAGACUUCCCUUAGGGGAAAAAAAGGACAAGUGUACACUCGCGCGCGCACACACACACACACACACACACACACACAUAUCCAUCCGCACAUACACAGACACAAGCAGACAUAUUUAAAGGCCUAUUUGUGUUGUCAUUCUCUUAAUAUCUUGUGACAUUGAUGCUACUUUCUCCAUCAGGUAAUAUAAAACUCCCUCCAUGCGAUCGAGGGUGAUGGGCAAAUGUUCACUCGUGAAUCUGGAAUACUCGUGGUCCAGGGGGCACCGGAACCCUUUUAUGCAUUUGGUUGGAUAGAGGGGGCACUUCGGAGCCUCUUUCUGUUGUCGUAUUAUCAGGGGCUUUGCAGGUUUUCUCCUGCGAGUAGGCUCACAUGAGGUGCUGGCCCCGAUAUCAUCUCUGUCAGGACUAAGCUGGUCAGGAAGGUUUUGAAUGCUGGAGGCCAAGUAUCCAACCCCUCUGUGUUCAAAUGCAACAGCAUGAGUCUCCGGUUGCUGGAGAACCGAAUGUAUGUCUGAAUCUUCUUGCUCAAGAAUUACCCCUCUCUCCCCUUUAAAUAUGUCUGCUUGUGUCUGUGUAUGUGCGGAUGGAUAUGUGUGUGUGUGUGUGUGUGUGUGUGUGUGUGUGUGUGUGUGUGUGUGUGUGUGUGUGUGAGUGCGCGCGCGCGCGCGCGCGCGCGAGUGUACACUUGUCCUUUUUUUCCCCUAAGGGAAGUCUUUCCGCUCCCGGGAUUGGAAUGACUCCUUACCCUCUCCCUUAAAACCCACAUCCUUUCGUCUUUCCCUCUCCUUCCUGAAGAAGCAACCAUCGGUUGCGAAAGCUAGUAAUUCUGUGUGUGUGUUUGUGUGUUUUGUUCAUGUGCCUGUCUGCCGGCGCUUUCCCGCUUGGUAAGUCUUGGAAUCUUUGUUUUUGAUAAUUUAUUUGUGUUGUCAUUUGUGAAAUUUGUAUGAUCAUGCAGUUGUCUUCAAUUUUACUUACAGAAUUGAUUAUUUAGUUUUGUAUUUUUCUGGCUGUGAAAAUCACUACUCACAAACAAGUUACUGGAACAGUCAUCACAAAUUCUCAUAGUAGGCUACCACUAAAUUAUUUUUUAGAAAAGCUUAUUUAUUAGAACUAUCUUCGAUUUUACGUCCUGUCUUUAUUUGUUUGCUAUUGCCCUUCAACUCAUGAUGUUAUCUUCCAUUUCUUCCUCUUGGGUAUUAAUCAUUGCAUGCCUUUUACAUGUAGUGCCACCAGUAGCCUUCGUUACAUACAAAAAUCCUUUUCGGCUUUUGCUCUUUGACCCUUGAAAUAUUCUGACUGUGAAAACUGACUGCAAUGCACACACAGUUUUAGGUCCAUUUUAAAGGCUACUUUGAAGAACUGAAGGAGAAAGCUUCACACCACAUGCAAACUUCCAUUGGAAGUUGUGUAGAGAAAUAACUUCCGCCCAUGCAGUGUAGUUGUGAGGUAAAAGGAUACCUUAGUACAAAGGUGAAAGUGACAAAAAGGCACUCAUUUGACAACACAAACAGUUGGAAUACAGAGUAACUAAACACAUGAUUGAUUAGUGGUUACUACUGCUCUACAGAAUUGUAGUAAAGAUUAGGGGCCCAAGAGUCUUCCAUCAGUUGAAACCUAGAGAGUGGUUGCAUCAAGAAAAAGGGCAUGCAAUGUAGUUGUGAAAGCCUCCCUUAUACUAAUGGUAUAUUGUUUCUUUUCUCUCGUAUCCUUUCUGUCUAAUAGUUCUUCGUUCUGUGUAUUGUCAAAGCACAUAAAUUUUAACACCUGCACAUUGUGCCACUUUUGAAUAAAUGAACAGUUUAGAAACUUCUAAUUAAAAUGCUGUUUGAUAAGUUUCCUUUCCAGGAGGUUGGUUUUUUCCCCUGUACACAACCCCUUAUUUCAGCCAUCUGCUGUAAAUUUGUUAUUUCAUUGCAGAAUCCUUGGACUACUAGGGAUCACCUUGGCUCCUGUUCCUCAUAUUUAUUUGUUUAUUAUUAUUUUUAUUACAUUUAGCACAUUAUAUUAUUAUCUAUUGGAAAAAAAAUCUGUUGAAGUAAAAUAUUUGCACAUGUCAACAAAACAGUUUUUAAUUAUACUUAAAAGUGUGAAGUAAAAAGAAGUCAUCAUUACAUAAGGUGACAGGCUAACAAAUUGAAGCAGCUGUCAAAUUUUGAACUAUCAAAUUACAUAUUUUCUAACCACAUCCAUCACAGAAGUCAGUCUCACAUAGACAGGUCAGGAGAAAUAUAUUCUUGGUGACUGGUAACUUGUUUUUCACAGCCAGAUUAUUUGUGUUUACAGAUAACUCAGGUAUAUGUAGAAAUACCUUUUGUAGUAUUUUUUUAUUAUUUUUAUAAAAUAUGUACCUGGUGAUUAGGCAAAUGUAUGUUCUGCUUGUGGAAUGAAGUGCCUUAUCUGGAACACUGUCCAUAAAAAUUAACUUUUGGUCCACAUUUUGGGUAUUUUGUGAAUAAUAAAACUUAUGUUUUCAACA